AUGCAGCAAGCUCAACAGAAGCCAUUCAUCCCAACCAUCCCUGCUUAUCAGGCGCUGAAGCUGGAUGAAGAUCUUAUAAACAAGUGCAAUUAUUCUAUAGAGCAGCUGAUGGAGAUUGCUGGCACAGCCGUUGCUCAGGCGACUACUCAUUAUAUAGAGUCAACCUCAUCGGUGUCUAAGGCUGGGGUGCUGGUCGUCUGUGGCCCAGGGAACAACGGAGGAGACGGCCUGGUGGCUGCUAGGCAUCUCUCCUCUGGGUCCAUGAGCAGUGCCACCGUCCGCGUAUGGCUGCCUAAAGAACCAAGUUCCUCCGUGAACAAGCGGAUGCUGUCUAUUGCCAAGCAUGCAGGAGUUGUUUUCAUUAAAGACACCAAUGAGGAGGCGUUGCACGCAAUCUUGGAAUUUAUCAACUCGUGUGAAAGUUUUUACUUAGUAGAUGCCAUAUUCGGCUUUUCUUUCCACGGAGGACCCAUCAAGCCCCCGUACGACACAGUGAUAAACACACUUCUGCAGAUGCAGACGUCAAUGGCCAUCGGCCCCAAGACAAGGAUCGUCUCUGUUGAUGUUCCAUCUGGCUGGUCCGUGGAUGCACAGGAAUGGGGGCUGAAUACUGACAAGGAACUAAUACCAGACGGCCUGCUUCGUCCUGACGCACUUAUAUCCCUUACGGUGCCAAAGAACUGUUCGCUGUGGCUACCUCCCGGUACAGCCCACUACCUGGGAGGCAACUUCCUGACUCCAUUGCUUGCCAUGGAGUAUGACGUGCAAGAGAUCCAACACUAUUGGAGCGGGGUGUCGUCUCUCUUUGUAGUCCUGUCCUGA